AUGAAGAUUCUCCAUUUUCAACAUAUAGAUUUCUUGAGAGAAGGGAGCAUUAUUUUACGUCCCAGACGAAAUGAUACCAUCAUAGCCGACGGGAGAAUAGUUUUCUCCAGCCUGCGAGACAAUGAAACGUAUGUGAUGUGUUAUUUUCUCAUCCCACUAUGUAACAGUGUUAAUCAUUGUUCGGACAUGUAG